AUGUGCCACACCAGCUGCUCCUCAGGCUGCCAGUCAGCCUUCUCUGUGCCCAACUCUUGCCAGGUGUCUGGCUGCGUGCCCGUGAGCUGCCGGCCAGCUUUGUGCACACCCGUGAGCUGCAGGCCCGCUGUUUGCACACCCGUGAGCUGCCAGACUGCUGUGUGUGUGGCCCCCUCCUGCCAGUCCUCCAGGUGCUGCCAGCCCUCUUGCCCCACCCUGGUCUGCAGACCCAUCUCCUGUAGCUCCCCUUGCUGCUAUUGACCACGAGUCCCUUGCUCAGCUGCUCUCUUGCAGAUGGGUCCAC